AUGUGGUCUGUUACAGUACGAGGUCCUGUUGUGCCCAUGAAGGUUGCAGGCACGUGGGGUGUAGCGUGGAGGCCCACUAGGAGGGUAUUGGGGAGCCGCCUGGCUGGGGUGCUGGUGAGCGCACGGGGGCCCCCUGGGGAGAGGCCUGGCAUUCCUCUGAGCGGGUGUCGGGCAGGUGUGAGGGGAGAGGGGCUGCCGGGCCUGCAGGGGGUUUGCAGCUUCACCUCUACCUCGUGGCAGGGCCGCGUGAGCUUUGAGGACGUGGUCCUGUACUUCUCCUGGGAGGAGUGGGGGCUCCUGGACGAGACGCAGCGAUGCCUCUACCACGACGUGAUGCUGGAGAACUUUGCCCUGGUGACCUCGCUGGGCCAUAGGAAGAGGAGUCACUUGGUGACCCCCUUAAUUCUUGGGGCUUUUCGAGCUCCAGUCCUUGGUACAAAGCAGCCCCAUUCACCAACCGAGGAGGAGGACGAGGAGGAGCCGUCUGUGCAGGGUGUGACUGUGGCCCGGACAUCCCCGGGCCCGACGCCAAGCCCAUACCCAGCCACUCAGGACGCUCAGCCCUGUGAGAAGUGUGUCCUGGUCGGGGGAGGCGUGCUGUGCCUGACCGAGCUCCCGGGCGCCUGCGAGGCCUGCGGAAGGCAGCCCUGGCUCGUGGCCGGCCUGCGCGGGAAGCCGCCCUGGAGCGCCGUGGACGCCGUGGACACAGCCUCGUGUGUGACGAGCUGCAGGUUCCACACGUCGGGGAAGCCCUUCGCCUUCUGUGGGGCCGUCAGGGAGGACUUCCUGGCCAUGGUGGGUCUCCUGCAGCACCAGGCCUCCCUCAGAGGGGCACCGCCCCCCGGCAGCUUCCAGUGCGGGGCUGGGGAGGCCUGGCACCGCGGGGGGAGCCAUUACCCUGGCACUGACGACGGGCAGCCACUCGGCUACGAGUACAAACCCCUUCAGCACCAGCAGCCUCCCCCUCAGAGUCACCAUGAAUGUGAGGACGGCGAGAAGCCCUUUCAGCAAAGCUCCGCGGUCCCCGGCGGCCAGGCCCCUGGCUCGGCCGUGAGGUCCUACGAGUGCAACGAGUGCGGGCGCUCCUUCAGCCAAAGCUACUACCUCAUCCAGCACCACAGGCUCCACACCGGGGCCCGGCCCUACAAGUGCAGCGAGUGCGGGAAGGCCUUCACCUACAAGCUCCGGCUGGUGCAGCACCUGCAGAUCCACAACCGGGUGAAGCCGUACGAGUGCGGGGAGUGUAGGAAGGCCUUCAGCUACAGCUCCACGCUCAUCAAGCACCAGCGCGUGCACACGGGCGCCCGGCCGUACAAGUGUGGCGAGUGCGGGAGCUCCUUCAGCCAGAGCUCCAACCUGGUCCAGCACCAGAAGAUCCACAACGGGGCGCGGCCGUACAAGUGCAGCGAGUGCGGGAAGUCCUUCAGCUACAAGUGCAAGCUCGUGCAGCACCUGCGGAUCCACACUGGGGAGCGGCCUUAUGAGUGCGGGGACUGUGGGCGAUCUUUCAGCCACAGCUCCACGCUCAACCAGCACCGGAGGAUCCACACCGGAGCCAGGCCUUACAAGUGCGACGAGUGUGAGAAAUCCUUCAGCCAAAAGUCCAACCUCAUCCAGCACCAGAGAGUUCACACGGGAGAACGGCCUUACGAGUGCGGGGAGUGUGGGAAAUCCUUCAGCCAGAGCUCCCACAUCAUCCAGCACAGGAAACUUCACACCCGAUGACCUUAGGGUGCGCAGUGACUUCGGGCGCCUUGUCAGCCGCUGCUCUGUUGUCAGUUUAACACGACGGCGGAACCCAGAGAUUCUUUAAAGGUGUGAACCUUGUUUGGCCCCAGAGAGUCCACACGGGAGAAGCCUGAGACCCGCCUCAGGGACACGCCCCUUCCUGUCGGGAAGCCUGACGGUGAGCUUCACGCUGCAGCGGCACAGCAGGGAGACCCCCCCAUGGGUUCUUCCGGAUGCACAGGAAACGUAUUUCUUCUCCGCCGCCUCCUUUGCCUGAGUUCAUGCCCCUGCCCGGACCAUCGCACACUCUGCCAACCACCCCAGGUUCCUCGAUGGGUCUGAGGGGGAGGGAGACUCUUCCCUCCUUUCUGGCCCAGGGCAUCAUCCGGGCUCAGUUUGUUGGCUCAGGUCGGGCCGGGGGAUGGUGUCUUGAGAAGAAGGGUUGCCCCUCUGCCAGGCCUCCCGGGAGGGACGGGCAGCACUCUGUGGUCCUCACGCCUGGGUGCCGGCCCCGAGGAGGAGGUCAGGCUGGACAAGCUCCGUGGCUCCCUCCAGGGCAGGUGGGCUGC